UCGGUGUAAUCUGGUGUAAUCGCUGUAAUGAUCCAAUGCCCAUUUUUGGUUUUCUUUUUUUCUGUCAACUUUUGCUCAGCUGUCACCAGACAGCAACGACAGCCAUCGUUGAUUUUCUGCAGUGGAAAAUGUUUUCUCCUCCCAUGUUUGCCAGCGAACGGUGCGCCUGAUACAUCUCCGCGGAGAAAAAGUGGAAUUUUCGAGGAAGUGAUUUUUUAUUCCUCCUCCCCCGUUUUGAUUUCACACUCUCUUGUCCCCCUUGUGAGCGUGCUGCGAGAAGCGAUGCUCUAGAAUGAGCUCUUCGGAAGCCCACUGGGAACCACUGGCGGAGAUUUACCUAUCCUAUCCGGCAGCUGCGACAACGACAACCGAUUCUACUCCGACUGUUUCCGGAACCAGCGCCAAGGAGCAGAAGGAGUGCACCUACUGUUUGUGCAGCCGCGUUUUCAUCCGCAACUAUUACGAUGUUUACGUGUCCACGCUGGAACGUGGCGACCCGCUCAACAGUUCUUCCGGAGUGACUCAGGUUGAAGAGCUGCCGGUGCAGGGGGAGAAGGAGGAGGAGGUGGCGGAGGUUGUUGAUGAGAUCGAGGACGAUGUGUUUAGCGAGGAGCCGCUGAGGAAGCAGCUUAGCUUUGGACGGAGCGUGGUCAAGUGGGACCGCUGCGACGGAACGGCCAGCGAUGCGAGCUGUUACUUUAGUGCGAGCGCGUCGCAUUCGGACACGAACUACUGUAGCACCGACGACCAGCAGGAAGGUCACAUUCUGCACGGUGCCUUGAUGGCACAGCACGGGUUGCAUUCCAGCGAUAGCGGGGCGGACAUUUCCGAGAAGAACUUUGAGCCCAAGGUGGAGGGAGGAGAGAAGGAGGACCUGUUUGUGGGGAUGCGGGACGCGCUGAUGUCGGACGAGGGCGCCAAGAUUGCGUCGUUGGUGCACGUCGAGCGGAACAAUAGCCUGCCGGAGGUUUUCGGUCGGGAGGAUCUGCAAGAUGCGUGGGAGUCGCACUGGAACAAGCACGGCGAGUCGAUCAUCUGGGCGUCGUGGAUCGAAAAGUACAGCGAUUACAUCAACCCGGAGUACCUGGACCACGUUCCGCAGCAGGACACCAACUGUAAUUCGCCACAUUCCAAGAGUGAAGCCACGCCGGACACCACGUACGACGCGUCCAAGCAUUUCUCGUUCGACGCCAUGGAGGCGGAAAUGGACCCCAAAGCGACCACGGAAAUCAUCGUCUCGACCUGCUCGCCGCACCCUUCUUCCUGCAACGAUGGCUGGAACCCGCUGAACCCAGCCAACGGCACCGCUGACGACAUCUGGACCUCGCACCGGUCGGCGGACAACGACGCCCUGCUGAGUCCCCGCUGCGACUCGGUCACCUCGAGCAUUCCACUGACGAUCGGCACGACGGACUCGAUGACGAACGUAACGCGCAUGACAAUCUCCAGUUACGACUUUGGCGGCAGCAGCUCCAAGAUCAGCUCGGAGUCGUCCAACCUGAGCGCGUCCAGCCUGAGCGAGCAAGUCAGCUCGGAAAGCGAAAGCUCCAACAGCUCGGACAUGCUAGCCACGGAGUGUCUGGUGGGUGCUGGUGCUGCCUCUGUCAACGGUGGGACAAGCGCCGACGACGAGGAAGCGGCCAUGGACGGGGAGCAGUACUGGCAGAUUCUGUGGCAGAAACACUUUCAGGAGCUGUACGCCACACACUACAAUCUGUUCAUGACGGAGCGGAGCGACGAGCAGCAAACGGAUCUGCGGACGAAGCUGCACAAGCGGAAGCGGAACAGUAGCAGCGGAUCGGGGGUGCUGUACAAUAAAUCUUCCGCCGUCGAGCAACUGCCCGAAAUGGUAGCCCAACUGAAGCUAGAACUGUCCUCCCCAAUGAAAAAGGAUACGGAAGACGUCCCGCAGGACGGCGGCGAGCCCGACACCCAGCAAAGUUCCACAAACUCAAACACCAAUCAACAACACCAGCAACAAUCCGGAAGCGAUCACUGCGCCGAAGACAUGUCCAGCGCGCUGGAAGCGUUCGGCCUUCCAACGUCCUUUGGCAAAUCCCCCGCAGCUCGCAAGACUGGUCGCAACGGCGGCGACGACGACGAAGAUCCACCGGCGGACCGGUCCGUCAACCUGAAACGAAGCCACGAAAGUGACACCGAGGAAACACCAAACGAUCGCCUGAAGGCGGCCUUCGAGCUGAUGGGCUAUGCGUUCUCCGAUCCGGCCAACCGGAACGAAUCGGCCGACUCGAUCAUCAACAUCACCGGCGAGGUCGUGUACCGCAAGAAGCACAUAAGACUGCACAAUCGCGUACUCAAGAUGAAGCACCACAAGCCGCCGAGGCACACGUACUUUGACGAGGACGGGAACGAGGUUCAGACGGGGGCGGGAGGUGGAGAGAAGGACCGGGAGGGCGAGGCGCCGGAAGCGCUGAUGCACACCUCGUCGGAUGAGGAUGAUCCGGCCGGUGGAGUAGCCGGUCUGCCACGGAGCGUUUCUUCCAGUGUGCGGUCAAGCGCGGUUAUUGAGUACAAUCAGCCGCAGGAUGAGAACCAAGACGAAGAGGUCAAGGAACAGCAGCAGGAGAGCGAGCAUAUGCCCUCGGAAGAACCGGUUGACGAGGCGUGCGACAUCCAAGCUCCCGUCAAAAAGGAGAAAAAGAAGAAACGCAAGCCAAAGUUUGUCGCCAGCCUGCCGCCGGAGAUCGCCAACGACAAAUCGCUCCUCAAGUACUGGUACAAACGGUUCUCCCUAUUUUCCCUGUUCGACGCCGGCAUCAAACUAGAUCGCGAGAGUUGGUUCUCCGUCACCCCAGAGAAAGUCGCCGCCCACACGGCCGAACGCUGCCGGUCCGACCUGGUCGUGGACGGGUUCUGCGGCUGCGGUGGCAACUCGAUCCAGCUCGCCUUCACCUGCAACCAAGUGAUCGCCAUCGACAUCGACCCGAAGAAGAUCGAAAUGGCCAAACACAACGCGGCCGUGUACGGCGUCGCCGACCGCAUCGAGUUCAUCGUGGGAGAUUUCCUCGCGCUGGCGGACCGACUCCAAGCGGACGCCGUGUUCCUAUCGCCACCGUGGGGCGGCCCCAGCUACCUUAAGGACGAAGUGUACGACCUGGAGGCGUCCCUCAUCCCGGUGCCGGCGACCGAACUGAUGCGGAAGGCGCGCCAAAUCAGCCCGAACGUGGCGCUGUACUUGCCGCGCAAUUCCAACACCCAGCAGCUGACGAUGCUGGCCGGACCGAACAACGCCGUCGAGAUCGAGCAGAACUUCCUGGAUCGCAAGCUGAUCGCACUGACAGCCUAUUACGGAGAGCUCAUCAACGAGUGAGACGCUUUUUAGAAA